AUGAAGAGUGCAGGUGCAAAGGUUUCAUGGGCUGACAUCUUCCCUGGAUUACUUUACCUAGUGGGCAAUGGAAACAAGACAUUUCUUUGGCUGGAUAAUUGGCAUCCUCUUGGCCCCUUGUUGACUAAGUUUGGAGCCAGGGUUGUGUAUAACUUUGGGAGAAAUCUGUUUGCUAAAGUAGCUUCUAUUAUUGUGGAUCAAAAGUGGCAUUGGCCUAGGGAAAGAAACUCUGUCACUAGAGAAAUCAUAAGGAACACUCCUGACUCCUUCAUACCUCACUUGGCCCAAGAAGAAACAAUGGUCUGGAAUUUGAAUGCGUCUGGGAAAUUCUCCAUCCAAUCAGCAUGGAAUGCGUUUAGAAGCCCAAAGCCUGUGGUGGAAUGGGCCAAGGUUGUUUGGUUUAAACCUGCUAUCCCUAGAUGGUCAAUAAUACAAUGGUUGGCAAUUCUACGGCGCUUGUCUACUAAGGACAGGCUGCAUCAUUUGGGGUGUGUUGAUGGAGGCUCAAUGUGUACUAUUGUCGGAUGGAUGGUGCAGCAUCAUAAAGGUUCUCUCUUCUUGAACUUGGUUUCUAAAGAAGCGUUGGCAGCUUUAGUUUAUCAUGUUUGGGGUGAAAGAAACAGCCGUAUUUUCCAACAUUGUAACUUGAUGUUCAAACAAUGGAGGCCAGAGUUGUUACGAACAUUGGAGCUUGCAUUAGUGCUUGGAGAAGAAAAAAUGGACCAACAAACAACAAAAAAGCUCCACCAGCAGCCUCUACUGAUUGCUGAACUUUUCCCAGCUACGGACAACGAGAAAUUACUGAAAGACCGUUUGGACUAA